AUGGGCUUUGUGGAUGGCAUAUGCAAUGGCUGCAACUCUGAGAUUGAAGACGGACUAUCUAUCAAUGCGCUUGGUGCUAUUUGGCAUUGUCAGUGUUUAUGUUGCCUUCAUUGCCACAAACCAAUUGCUGUGGACGAGAUUUCAAACUCAGAGAGAAAGUAUCACAAACUUUGUUACAAGGAGCACUGUCGACCAAAUUGUUACGUGUGCAGAAAGAAAAUUCCUUCAAGUAAAAAAGGUAUAAAGUACCAUAAGCAUCCCUUCUGGGAGGAUAAAUACUGUCCUUCUCAUGAUGAUGAUGGAACUGCCCAGUGUUGCAGCUGCGAAAGAUUACAAGCUUGUGGAACAGAGUAUAUAAUGCUUGCUGACAAUCGGAGGCUGUGCCUAGAAUGUAAGGAAAGUGCGGUUAUGGAUAGCUAUGAAUGCAAAUCUUUGCACUUUGAAAUCCGUGAGUUCUUCAAAGGCUUGAACAUGAAGGUUGAGAAAGUAUUUCCUCUUAUUUUGGUGAGGAAACAAGCGCUGAAUAAAGCUGAGGAAGAGAAGACUAAUGGGGUGGUAACUAGAGGUAUUUGCCUGUCUGAAGAGAAGAUGGUCACAAGGGUCUCAAGAGGGCGAAACAAGCAGCUAGUAGGCAUGGCUAGAGAAGAAUCUCAAAGGGUUGUUCGCGAGCCCAAAGUCAUUGCAAUUCUCAUCCUAUAUGGACUUCCUAGGUUGCUAACUGGAUAUAUACUGGCACACGAGAUGAUGCAUGCUUAUCUUAGACUCAAAGGUUAUAGGAAUCUUAACACGAUUCUUGAAGAAGGAAUAUGCCAAGUGCUAGGACACAUGUGGUUGGAGUCUCAUAGAUGUUCCACUAAUAAUGCUACAACAUCAGCUUCUUCUUCCUCCCGAAUUACUCCAUCUGCUGCCAUGUCAAAGAUAGGAGACCAAUCUGGUUUCGAGAAGAGCCUAGUGGAAUUUUGCAUUAAUCAAAUAGAAACAGAUGAAUCACCGGUCUAUGGUGACGGGUUCAGGAAAGUUACCGAGAUGAUGGUCUCGAAUCAUUACAACCUUAAGGAUACCCUGAAAUGGAUUGAUAUUGCUUCCAAGGCUCUACUAACUGGUCGGGAAAAUAACUCCAAGUCCAACAUAUAG